AUGCUAGAGAGGUUCAGUAUGGACAGGGCUAAAGUGGUUAGCUCUCUUCCCGCUACACACUUUAGAAUGAGCAUUGAGCAAUUUUUUCCUAAAAAUAAGGGAAAGGAAGACAUGGAAAGAGUUCUUUACGCUUCAGCAGUUGCAAGUUUAAUGCAUGCUAUGGUGUGCCAAAGAACGGAUAUAGCCCUUGCAGUUGGUAAGCAGAGUUUAUUGCAGCAACAUAGACGACUAGAGUUUUCAUCGACAAAGAAGUUCAUAAGAGAACUUGGUUUCAACCAGCAAAGUUAUGUGUUAUUUUGUGACAGCUUGAGUGCUAUUCAUCUUGAUAAAAAUUCUAGUUUCAUGCAAGAUCAAAGCACAUUGAUAAACGAUAGCAUUCUUGCACGUGCUAAAGGGAGUCCCACAUUGGUCGACUCGACAUCUAUAGAUAGUGUUAAUGCACUUAGGAUCAGCCCAUCAGCCCCACGACUCAUACAGGUGAUCCCACCAUUAUUAAUCGAUGUUACAAAAAGAUCAAUGAUGAAAAUUUUGGCCCUCUUUAUCCAUGAUACCUUGAGUUCUUGGCCCCAGGCGAACCAAUGCCACUAUCAGUGA